UAAAUUGGAAUAUGAUCACAUAUUGUUUCCAAAAUUAUUAGUGAUAAUAAAGAAGGAUAUUUAACAUGUUGUUUCUUCUUCUUGUUGUGUUGCUUUUAACUAUACUUUUUCUUGUUAAAAACAAGAUCAAAGCCAAUAAUGAAAACAAGCCAAAACUUCCUCCUACUCCUCCAAAACUUCCAAUCAUAGGUAACUUACACCAACUUGGUUCACUGACCCAUCAAUCUCUAUGGAAACUCUCAAAAACUUAUGGCCAUAUUAUGGGCCUUCAGUUGGGGAAAGUACCAGCCAUAGUUAUCUCUUCAGCUAAAGCUGCAGAAGAUGUCUUGAAAAUCAAUGAUUUGGCUUGCUGUGAUAGACCAUCUUUAACUGGCCCUGCAAAACUUGCUUACAACAACAUAGACAUAACUUUCUCACCUUAUGGUGAGUAUUGGAGGCAGAUAAGGAAACUAUGUGUUCUAAAGCUUUUUAGUAGCAAGAGUGUUCAAUCCUUUGAUUUCAUUAGAGAUGAUGAAAUUCAUUCUCUUAAUGAUUUUCUCCGCGAAUCAUCGGUUUCAGCCACUCCUGUUAAUCUCAGUGUCAAGAUGGCUACUCUUAUGGCAAGCAACACUUUCAGGACAGCCUUUGGGAAGAGAUUUUCCGAGUGUGGACUCGAAAGCGAAGUGUUUGAACAAAUGAUUCAUCGAGCAAUGGAUGUGGUUGGAACCUUUGCAGCCUCUGAUAUGUUUCCUCGCAUGGGUUGGAUUAUUGAUAGGCUGACUGGUGUUCAUGCCAAAUUUGAGAGGAGCUUUCGUGAAAUGGAUGAUUUCUUUGAAAUUGUUAUUGCUGAGCAUCUAAAUAGAACCCCUGAAAAAGGGAAGGAAGAUCUUGUUGAUUUGUUGCUAAGCAUAGAGAGAGGUGAAUAUGAUUCCACUUCCUCCACAGAAAUUAAUUUCACUAGAGAUUGUACUAAGGCAGUCAUCAUGGAUAUAUUUACUGCAGGAGUGGACACAGGUGCAAUCACAGUAACUUGGGCAAUGUCAGAGCUAGCUAAAAAUCCAAGAGUAAUGAAGAAGGUCCAACAUGAAAUCAGAAGUUAUUGUUUGAAGAAAAACAAAUUCAAGAUCACUGAAAGUGAUAUUAACCAACUUGAUUAUCUCAAAAUGGUUGUGAAAGAGACUCUGAGGUUACACCCUGCAGCACCAAUUUUACUAAGAGAAAGCAUAUCUGAAUUCAAGGUUGGUGAGUAUCAAGUUUCUCCAAAAACAGUCAUCCAAGUUAAUGUUUGGGCAAUAGGAAGGGAUCCUAAUUACUGGCCAAACUCAGAAGAGUUCAUCCCAGAAAGGUUUAUUGAUAGCUGUGUUGAUUUCAAAGGACAAAACUUUGAGUACUUGCCAUUUGGAGCAGGUCGAAGAGGUUGUCCGGGGAUGAUUAUGGGACUGACUAUGGUGGAGCUCACACUAGCUAAUCUUUUGUGCUACUUUGACUGGAAAUUGCCAAUUGGGAUGAAAGAGUCAGAUAUUGACAUGGAGGAGGGAUCUGGAAUUACAGUCUUCAAAAAAUCUCCUCUUAAACUUGUUCCAGUUAGCUAUGAAUGGCCAUCAGAGGUUCAAACAUAGAUAAUAUAGUUUUAUAUAUAUUUGUAUCAGAAUAAAUAUGGCCACAUGUUUUGGUUGUAUGGUCUUAUAUUUGAAAAUAAUAAUUAUAGAGUUUGCUUGCUCUGCAAGAGCUGAUUGUGAUUGGUCCUCAGUUUUGUAUUUUCUUUGUAUCAAUAAAAAUUUUCUUACCCA